CACACAAGUCUUUGGUGAUUAUUUUGUGACAGUGCAAAUAAAGUUUAUUUUAAAAGUUAAAUCAAAGUGUUGGUAUUGAUAAAUUCAUAACACUCAACGAUAAAUAAUAAGUGGUACGAACAUAUAUUGUUUCCUUAUCUUUUUUAAAGCUAUUAUAUGUAUCUGCAUAUUUUUACGGUUAAGGUGAAUGUUCCAGAGGAGCCCGCGAAAUUUAAAUUUUGACCAUGUUAGAGGUUUGUAUAGACAGUUUAGAGUCAGCGAUAAACGCAAUCCACGGUGGCGCCGACGAGAUAGAAGUAUGUAGCUCUCUCACUGAAGGCGGACUUACUCCAUCACCAGGCUUAGUCAAGGAAAUAGUAGAUAUGGUGAAUAAUACAGCAGCCGGAAAACCAAUCCGUAAAUCAUGUCACGAUUGUGGUUGCGAUAAAUUAACGAAGAGGGCAAAAGUGAAUGUAAUGAUCAGAUGCCGCACGGGCUCAGACUUUCAUUAUUCGGAACAGGAGAUGGACACGAUGUUAUCUGAUGUCGAAGUUUUCAAAGCAUAUGGUGUGGACAGAUUUGUCUUUGGCGCACUUACAGGUUCUCAGGAUAUAGAUGAGAAGAACUGUGAAAAAAUAAGAAAUAAAGUGGGUGGUAUCCCUCUUACAUUCCAUAGAGCCUUCGACGUUUGCACAGACCCUCUUUCUGCAGUCAAUAAAAUAGCUGCAUUAGGGUUUAGCAGACUGCUGACGAGCGGGCAAAAGGCGUCGGCUAACGAUGUCGAAGCUGUUCAACUUAUAACGGUACUUAACGGUAGUUUCGGUGAUAAAAUAGAGAUUAUGCCGGGAGCUGGCGUGACUGUCGAGAAUGCAAAGAAUUUUAUUGAUAUCGGCUGCAAAAUAGUUCACAGUUCAUGCAAACGAAUCAGAUAUUUGCCGCAGAUUAAGAAUGGAUUAAGUAUGGGCACGAGUGAUAGUGAGCAUAUCUUUGUUACUGAUGAGACUAUUGUUAAGAAGAUGAAAGAGGUCCUAAGUUUAAUUUGAACAUUCCAAUCAUUGAUUAAUUCUGAUAUCAAUAAUGGUAUUGAAGUUUGCGUAUUGAAAUUGUUACGAGAAUAAUUUAUAAUGAAACAAUGUAAUAAAGAAUUUAUCGAAUCAAAUAA